AUGGACCUGCCUCCCUUGACAGUGGAGCAACUCUCACAGCUGGUUGCCAGCAAUCUUCCACCUUCACAUCUCUUCAAGGUCUUGACAGAAUAUGAGCAAGAAGCUUGCCUCAUGUCAGCAGGCAGUGGAAGCCCUGAGACAGGGGGAGGCGAUCCUGUGCUGCUGAGCCUAUUCUAUUCUAGCUUCUUCCUUGUCCAUCUCCUCACCGACCAAAUACCUGAAGCUCGCGCUUUAACGAAUAGAAUGCCCGCAACCCUCAAACAACAGGACCCUUCUCUACAGAAUUGUUUGACUUUACUACGAGCGGUAUGGCAGACGGAAUAUGCCCAGGUCUACCAAAUCCUCCGAGGAUUGCCGUGGCCGGAUCUUAUCCAGCCAUUAGUGCGCAGAUAUCAAAGUUUCUUCCAAGACAAGACCUUGAUCUCAGUGAGCAGGUCUUAUGAAGCUAUUAGAUUAACUGCGGCUGCAACCUACCUUGGUCUAGAUCAGAAGUUGGCCGAACAAGAGGAUCCGGACAUCAUAGCAAAUUUCACGAAGUGUGGGUGGACAUGGAAUCCGGAAACCAAGCUGUUGCAUCCGAAGCCCAUUGUGGUAUCCACCGCGGACACUCAAGCUUCCAAUGGCAUUCGCGAAACGAUGGCAAUGCUCGGAGCCCGCGCAAGCUGA